AUGGCGCGGUGGCCAGCCGCCGUGGCGGCGUCUGACCAGGUGCAGCCAGUGCGGCCAGCAUUGUUUGUGUUCGGGGACGGGUUUACGGACGUCGGCAACAACAACUACCUAGAGAACAACGAAGUAGGGAACCCUGUCAGAGCCAAUCACUCUUACUAUGGCAUAGAUUUCCCCAAUUCCGUGGCCACCGGAAGGUUUAGCAAUGGAUUCAACUUGGCUGACUUCAUCGCAAAGGCUAUGGGGUUCGAGAUGAGCCCUCCGGCUUAUCUGUCUCUUGAUAGUCCCAUAAAAAUGGAGGCUGGUUUUGCUGGAGUCAACUAUGCUUCGGCGACCUCUGGGAUUUGGAGAGACAUCGACACCGGACUGGACAUCCCACUGAUGGACCAAGUGAAGAACUUGGCGGACACGAUAGGGCAGAUGGGCGCCAACCGUAGCCAGCAAGACCUGAGCAAGAUGUUGUCCAAUUCCCUCUUCCUCAUCAGCACCGGCACCACUGACCUCUACUCAAUCUACAACAUCAACAACAAUGGGGGCUCAGACAGCAAAACCGAUGUCCCACACCUCAUCUCCUCCUACGGGGACAGCCUCACGGCCCUGUACAACUUGGGCGCGAGGAAGUUCGGGAUCAUCAACGUCCCGACCUUGUGCACGGCGGUGGUGCGCCAUGCCUGCGAGGGCCUCAUUACCAGCCUCCGCGAGGAGUUCAACGACGGCAUCAAGCCACUCAUGGCCGACCUCGCCUCCAACCUCAGUGGCCUCCGCUACUCCAUCGCCGACUUCCACGCCUUCUCGGAUGCAGUCAACACGAAUCCGUCGGCCUACGGUAAAAUCUAUCAAUGUUUGUUGUGGUUUGUUGAUGGAUGCACAGGGUUUGUGAACACCGGGGGCGCAUGCUGCCAAGGCUCCUGCGCACCUGGUUCUGGGCUGCCGUGUGCCAACCGAUCGCAGUACUGGUAUUGGGACGAGGAGUACCCGACAGAGCAGGCCGCUAAGCUGGCCGCAUCUGCGUUUUUCGACGGCACAACGCAAUUCACAACACCGAUGAGCUUCAAGACGUUGAUCAGCCAAAAGUGACAUUUCUUUAUGUUUUCGACUUGCCGUAUCCAGAAAUAAAGCAAGUCAUCUGUGUGAGACUUACAUUGCCAUUUGCCUUUGAG